AUGACACCCAUCAAUAGAUCGGUUUUUAAUUUUGGAAGAAAUUUAUUGUUAUCUCAAUCAAAGCGAUCAAUAUCAGUUACUCCAGUCACUAAUUUAAAAGAAUUCAUUGAGAAAAAAGAAGGCAAAACAUUAACUAUUGAAGCUAAAAUAGUUCCUGAUCCAUUUCAACAAAAAUUGUUCAAACCGGCGGAAAAUGGAGCAUGUUCUCUGUGUGCUGCUGGUGUAAAUCUUACUCAUACUGAUGUUUUAAUUUUAAGUCAAUUUACACGAUCAGAUGGCCGUAUACUACCAAGAAAGGUCACCGGUCUCUGCAGAAUCCAACAAAAACGAAUCAGUGUCAUGAUACAAAUGGCUCAGAGGGCUGGAUUAAUGACUCUUCACCAUAAAAGAUGGCGACCUAAGAAAAUAGGUCCCUAUUCAUUUAAUACUUACUUCGACGAAACAACAAUUAAAAAAAAAUAUUUCAGUCCGGUUUACCGUGCCUAA